AAAAAGGCUACGGCCGAAUGCGACUGCGUGGAGAUGCGUCCGCUGUUAAGCUGGGGUACCUGGCGCGCGGUGCUUGCUCGGGCUGGGAGACCUAGGCCUUCGGCGGAUUAUCUGGGGGUCUUGGACGCACAGGGUUACGCGCGGAAUCCCCCAGUUGGAGCGUGCGAGCUGCAGGGCGAGCUGGACAGAUUCGGGGGCAUCUCGGUGCGCCUGGCGCGGCUCGAAGCGCUGGACCGCCUGGACGCCACCGCCUUCAAGAAGGGCUUGCAGGUUGCAGUACAACAAUGGCAAUCAGAAGGUAGAACAGCUGUAUGGCUGCACAUUCCCAUCCUCCAAAGCCGAUUUAUUGCCCCUGCUGCUUCCUUGGGCUUCCGUUUUCACCAUGCAGAAUUGGAUUCAUCAACGUUGACUCUGUGGCUGGGAGAAGGGCCCAGCAGGUUACCAGGAUACGCUUCACAUCAAGUAGGAGUUGCAGGAGCUGUAUUUGAUGAAGGUACUAGAAAAAUACUGGUUGUACAAGAUCGAAAUAAAUUGAAAAAUAUGUGGAAAUUUCCAGGAGGCCUGUCAGAACCUGGAGAAGAUAUUGGAGACACAGCAGUUAGAGAAGUUUUUGAAGAGACUGGUAUAAAAUCAGAAUUCAGGUCCCUCCUGAGUAUUCGGCAACAGCACACAAAUCCUGGAGCUUUUGGGAAGUCAGAUAUGUAUAUCAUCUGCCGCCUAAAGCCAUACUCAUUCACCAUAAAUUUUUGCCAGCAUGAAUGCUUAAGAUGUGAGUGGAUGGAUCUCAAUGACCUGGCCAAGACUGAAAAUACAACUCCUAUCACCAGCAGAGUUGCUAGGCUGCUGCUAUAUGGGUACAGAGAAGGGUUUGACAAAAUUGACCUGACUGUGGAAGAACUUCCAGCAGUUCACACCAGGCUGUUUUAUAAACUCUAUCACAAGGAACUGCCAGAGAAUUAUAAAACUAUGACAGGAAUUGAUUAAAUUCACAUUUGUAUGUUUAGAAACAUGUAGACUAACAAAUGACAUAAGAAAUAGUGGACGUUUGGGAUUAAAUAUCUGACUGUAAUUUUCUAAUAGAUAUGAUUUCCAUGAAGAAAUUUUGUUUCUAAACGUACACAUUUUAAAAUCCUCUUUUCAAAUAAAGCAAAUGCAUGAAAAAGA